AUGGCCGGUAGCUUCAACAAAGUCAUGCUCAUGGGGAACCUGACUCGAGACAUCGAGAUCCGCCACACCCCUUCCAACACCGCGGUCGGCAACUUCGGUAUCGCCGUCAACCGCAAGUACAAAACACAAUCCGGCGACCAACGCGAAGAAGUCGCGUUCAUCGACUGCGAAGCGUGGGGACGCACCGCAGAAGUGAUGGCGCAGUACCUCACCAAGGGACGCCCAGUGUUCGUUGAGGGUCGACUCAAGCUCGACCAGUGGGACGACCGCAACGGCGGAGGCAAACGCUCGAAGCUCUCCGUCGUUGUCGAGAACUUCCAGUUCGUCGAUUCCGGAAACGGCGGGGGCAACUCCGGCGGAGGCGGUGGGGGCGGCGGAUACGCCCGCUCAGGAGCCGGCGGCGGAGGCAAUGAUGUCGCGAUCGAUCAUGACGAUAUCCCGACAGCGAAAGGAACCAUCCAAAUGCGCAAAACAGUCAAGCUCCUCCUCACAGAGAAUGUCGAAUCCCUCGGUAUCGUCGGCGAUGUCGUCAAUGUCAAAGUCGGCUACGCACGCAACUACCUCCUCCCAUUCGGAUACGCGACCGAGCCUUCCGAAGAACUGAUCGCCUCGCUCGCUGAGCGUCGUGCUCAGGCAGAGAAAGAAGUCGCUGAGCGUCGUAAGCAACGCGAAGAGAUGAUCCACAAGCUCGACGGCCAAGAACUCACGAUGGACCGCGCGUGCAACGAUCAGGGUCACCUCUACGGCUCCGUCACUCAGCAAGACAUCGCAAGCGCACUCAAGGAAGUCGGCUUCAAUGUCGCUCCUCGCGAAGUGCGUCUACCAGGCGCGAUCAAGCGCAUCGACACCUUCGACAUCCUCGUCAAGGUCGAUUCGGACCUCGAAGCACAUGUCAAACUCUGGGUCGCUCCAGACCGCCACAUCGAGGAUGACGAUGCCGAAGAGAUGGAGUUUGACAGCGAAGGCGAACUGAUCGUCAAGGACGACAAGCCCGCGAAGGUGGAAGCAGAGUCAGCUCCUGCUGCUGAGUAA